UCUUGCACGGAUCAACUUGUUCUCUGCUACACUUCUGCACUCUCUUCUGAUUCACUGCUCAACUUUUUUUUUUCAGCUUCUCUUGAGCCUCCCAAUUUGUCUCCUUUGCGCUUCUCUUCUUCUUUAUUUUUCCUUUAUCUGGUCACUUCAUCAUCUUCUUUUGUCUCCCUGUUCAAGGAAACAGCUUCAGCCAUGGACGCGACAGCAGGCAAAGAGAAGCUGGUAGUGGAGGUGGUGGCAGCCCACAACUUAAUACCCAAAGAUGGAGAAGGUUCGUCUUCCCCAUUUGUAGAGAUAGAGUUUGAGAACCAAAGACUCAGAACCCAAGUUAAGUACAAAGACUUGAACCCCAUUUGGAAUGAAAAGCUCGUCUUUAAUGUGAAGGACGUUGCAGAUCUUCCUUACAGAACCAUAGAGGUCAAUGUCUUUAAUGAAAAAAGAUCCAGCAAUAGUAGAAACUUUCUAGGUAAAGUUCGAAUUUCUGGUUCAAGCAUUGCUAAAGAAGGCGAAAAAAUGGUGCAGUUGCAUACUCUGGAGAAAAGAAGUUUGUUUUCUCAUGUGAGGGGGGAGAUAAGUUUGAAGCUUUAUGUAUCUGUAAGAGAAGAGGUUAAAGAAGUUGUGGACUUGGGUAAUGGAGCUGUAGUCUCUGGCUCUUCUGGUCCCCGGUCUGCUUCUUCAAAGAAGAGCAAGAAGCUGCAGCAGCAGAGUCCGGCUAUAGUGCAGCAACAGCAGCAGUUGACACAAGAAACUAACAAGCAAACGCAACAGCAAGGCCAAAACAAUGCAAAGCCUGUGGAGCCAAACUCAGGUGAGAUCAAACAUAUUGUUAUCACAACUGGUCCUACUCCUGUUGCUCCUGGGUCUGGUGGCGGCCGGGUUAUCACUACACCGGGUGGCGUUGUUGGCGGCGGCGGCGAUGGGUUCAGUCUGUAUACAAAUAUGUCUAGCGAGUUCUCUCUUAAAGAGACAAGUCCGCACCUUGGUGGUGGUCUUUUAAACAAAGACAAGUCUAGUGCAACUUAUGAUCUUGUAGAGCAAAUGCAGUAUCUUUAUGUUAAAGUUGUAAAGGCUAAAGAUAUUACAUUGUUUGGUGGCGGUGAAAUUGUGGGUGAGGUGAAGAUAGGGAACUACAGAGGGAUCACAAAAAGGGUGGGUUCAAGCAAUAUGGAAUGGGACCAAGUUUUUGCAUUUUCUAAAGAUUGCAUGCAGUCGUCAAUGGUGGAGAUUUUUGUCAAAGAAGGUAACAAAGAUGAUUACUUGGGCCGUGUUUCGUUUGAUUUGAAUGAGAUUCCAAGAAGAGUACCACCGGAUAGCCAAUUAGCCCCACAAUGGUAUAGAAUGGAGGACAAGAAAGGGAAUAAAGCUAAAUGUGGUGAAGUGAUGGUUUCAAUAUGGUUUGGGACUCAAGUUGACGAGGCUUUUGCUGAGGCUUGGCAUUCGAAGGCAGCAAAUGUGCAUUUUGAUGGGCUUUGCUCUAUCAAAUCCAAGGUUUAUCUAUCACCAAAGCUGUGGUAUUUAAGGAUAUCUGUUAUUGAAGCACAAGAUAUUGUUCCUUGGGACAAUGGGUCUCCAAUGAUGAGGUUCCCGGAGCUUUUCAUCAAAGUCCUGGUGGGAAACCAGAUUUUGAGGACUAAAAUUGCGGGGCCCAACCCCAACAGGAGCAUGUCCAAUCCUUAUUGGAAUGAAGAUUUGUUGUUUGUAGUUGCAGACCCAUUUGAGGAAUACUUGGUGAUUUCUGUUGAGGACCGUGUUGGAGCAGGAAGAGAGGAAACAGUGGGCAGAGUUUUGCUUCCAAUAACCGCAGUUGAGAAGCGUAACGACGACAAACAAGUCGAUUCUAGGUGGUUCAAUCUUGAUAAUCAUCUUGGUAGUGCGGUUGAUUCAAAAAUUAUGACAAGAUUUGGGUCUAAAAUUCACCUCAGGGUGUCUCUUGAUGGGGGUUACCAUGUGCUUGAUGAGGCUACAAUGUAUAGCAGUGAUGUUAAAGCGACUGCAAAACAGUUAUGGAAGCCUCACAUCGGUGUGCUUGAGAUGGGAAUUUUGGGAGCAUCAGGACUUGUGCCAACAAAACUCAAGGAAGGAAAAGGAGAGUCUGCAAAUGCUUACUGUGUAACAAAGUAUGGUCAGAAAUGGGUGAGAACUCGCACGGUUGUAGAUAGCUUAUCGCCAAAAUGGAAUGAGCAGUACACUUGGGAAGUGUUUGAUCCUUGCACAGUCAUCACAAUUGGGGUAUUUGAUAAUUGCCAUGCCGAAAAGAAUGCAGUUAACAAUGCCUGUGAUUCUCGAAUCGGAAAAGUUAGAAUUCGGCUAUCAACUCUCGAAUCAGACAGGGUUUAUACUCACUCUUAUCCGCUCCUAAUGCUGCAUCCUACCGGAGUCAAAAAGAUGGGCGAGCUUCAUUUAGCAGUAAGGUUUUCUUGUGUUAAUAUGGCGAACAUGUUGCACAUGUACACACUGCCACUGUUACCAAAGAUGCACUAUGUGCAACCAUUGAGUGUGAAUCAAUUGGAGGCCUUGAGGUAUCAGGCAAUGAAUGUGGUGGCAUCAAGGCUAAGCCGAGCAGAGCCACCACUGGGGCGAGAAGUGGUGGAGUAUAUGCUUGAUCAUGACUCUCAUAUGUGGAGCAUGAGAAGAAGCAAGGCUAACUUUGCUAGACUAAUAAACGUGCUCUCUGGUGUGGUUGACAUGGGUCGGUGGCUGGAGUCUAUACGCAAUUGGCACAAACCGGUGUACUCAGCCUUGUUUCUUCUAGUUUUCCUGCUGCUAAUAGCAAUGCCUGAGCUCAUUAUUCCUACCAUAUUGCUUUACAUGGCAUUUCUGGGGCUUUGGCGAUAUCGGUCAAGGCCACGGCACCCACCAUAUAUGGAUACAAGGCUUUCUUAUGCUGAGAAUGUUUAUCUUGACGAAUUGAAUGAGGAAUUCGAUUCCUUCCCAACUACUCGAAGUGCGGAGAUAGUAAGAAUGAGGUAUGAUUGGUUGAGGAGUGUGGCAGGGAGGAUUCAGACAGUGGUCGGUGAUAUGGCUACACAGGGUGAACGUGCCCAAGCACUGCUAAGUUGGAGAGAUCCAAGAGCCACAUUCUUGUUUGCUGUUACGUGUUUGUUUGCAGCUGUUGGAUUCUAUGCUGUGCCUAUCAGGGUUGUGGUGGCCUUCUGGGGGCUGUACAUGCUGAGGCCGCCAAGGUUUAGGAACAGGUUGCCUUGCAGGGCUUUGAAUUUCUUCAGGAGGUUGCCUGCCAAGGCUGAUAGUUUGUUGUAGAGUGAUGAUUUUUAAUAUGUAAUGUGGAAGUGCAAGGUUCAAGUG